UCAUGCUAAAGCUAAGCAGCCACGUGACAUACGUUCUAACUGUAUGAUGGGAUUGAUCAACGAGGGAGGAAUGGUGGCGAUGUUUUUUUGUUGUUUUUUUUGCGGCUACGCCACUGGUUCUACGAUUAAGGGGAAACAACUAUUUCAAAGGGCCUCAAACGUGUUUGACAUCCAUGUUGGUGGUUUCAUUGGAUGGUAGCUCUGCCCUGAGUUAUCUCUCCCUCCAUAACUCCAACCUGUCGCCUACCACUGAUAACAUCAACGAUCGACUCCUCAAGACACAAACUGGUAGAAAGUUUGUUCGUCUAUCACAAUCUAGUCUCCUUGGCAAUAGAGCGACCUGAAAUGUCGUAAACGAAAUGCAAAUAUUGGAAUAUAUGCCAGUGGUUCCCUAGAAUUGUUUAGACUUACAGUUAUCCUAUCAGCAUUUUUUUUUCUUAGAUAUGUUUAGGAAGAGGAAUUGUUUCCGGUUUUAUGGAUUAUUUCUCACCGCCCGGGAACCCCUCUCAGAUAUUUUCCUCAAAGCAGUCUGAUGCACAACAAACAAGGUUAUCUAUGAUAAGUGUUUUAUUUUAUUUGUAUAUUUAACGAAAAACUAUUUGACCUAUCACAGGCCAUAGUGACGAUAACAUCCUUAUGAGAGUUAACUUUCCUUGAAACCUGAUAUGCAGCAGGCCUCGUGUCCCCCACCCCCUCCCAAAGCAUUCACUAGUGCUGAAGUUGUAGUACUGUUUUAAAUGUCUGCUUAUCAAGACCGAGUAGAGAUUUUAAUCGUCAGGUUCCUUGUAAUCAGACCUUUUAAGAAUUUUAGCUUCGUUUUGAUCUGUGAUCGGCCUUCGUAUGGAUUGUUCAGUUCUAACAAGGAUUUCUAAGUGUCAAGUAAAUAUGCGUGCAUGUGUUUAGGAGUGCGACAACAUCUCCACUUAUUGACUGGCCAUUUAGUGCUUUUGAAACGUUUGGGUUCCAGCCGUCCUAUGACGAGCAUAUACUGCUACAUGUUUUGUACUAAAAGACAAGAGUGGAAGUAAUUAUCUGGUUAUGACACGUGACAGUCGCUCCACGAGUCUCUGAGGUUUCACUGGAAAUGCCGAGAUUUUGAGGACAUAGAAAACUGGAUCGAGUCUAUGGAUGGUGCUCUGAAUGGAGUGAUCAGCUAUCAUGUCCUGAGCAGAAGUUCCUUGGGAAUAGAUUUACGCACUGGGUAUUAAGUCUUGCAUGGCGUAUUAAGAGUUGCCGGCCUUACUUAUUGACCUAAUGUCGACACCAGGGAGCAGACGUCAAGACCAGGUCUGCCCUCUUUUAUGAACACUUCCAUUCGAAAUUAUUUUUCGCUGCACCAAUGACGUCUGCAAAACUAGACUAAGAACAUCCAGUGAAAUCAUUCUUGUUCAUUUUUUAAAACAGUUUUUUGUUUUUAAUCCAUGACAACUUUUGGAAACUUGAGAGCCAGCGAUGUGAACGCUUUGAGUUGAAGAAAUAUCGAAUGUGUUUUGUGAACUGUGUCAAGUGUUAGCAAAAUGACGAAGCAAUUGGUGUCGUGCGUGCUAGUUAUACUCCAGUAACUCUUUCAAACAAACAAUAUAAUGGGAUACUCAGCAUUGCUAGGAUUACUGUGGCCGUGACAUUACCAGAGUAAAACUCUGGAAUUCUGUGCAAGAACACACUAUAAUGACUGACAAGCGCUGUCCGAGCCAGUGGACUGGGGGAGCAUCGCGCCCAGCGCUCACGUGGAAUAGAGUGGUAUUUCUUACGCUGGCGUGCAUAGUCAAUAUGACAGCGAUGAUCGGAUCUAGCGACAUUAGCGAGGCUGGUGUAGGCGUUGUCAAUAUUUCCCAAGAUGACCAACUGGACCGAAUCAAUGCAGAACAUCUCAAAUGUCUGAUUUCAAUCUUGUCUUCGCAAAACCAAACACGCAAUGCGUCCUAUUGUCCACGAGUGUGGGACGACCUCUUAUGUUGGCCCGAGACUCCACCGGACACAGUGGCCAUACAGUCUUGUCCAAACUUUGUUAAUGGAUUUAAACCUUGGGAAAAUGCCAAACGGACAUGCCUUAAGAACGGAACCUGGUUUUUUAAUCAUGUUCAGAAUUCUACAUGGACUGACCUGAGAUCAUGUACGGAUCGAGUGUUUAUUGAGACAGAGACACCAUCGAACCUUGUGUCCCACGUGCCACGUAUCAAGCUGAUGUACAAUGUCGGCUAUGGGGUGUCACUCGGCUCUCUCGUGCUCUCCAUCUUCAUUAUGAUCAGCCUCAAAAAACUGCGCUGCCCAAGGAACACAAUUCACCUUAAUUUGUUCUUCUCAUUUAUCUUGAGAGCUUCCUUUUCCUUUAUGAAAGAGAAUCUUCUGGUUGAAGGUUUGGGCUUUCCCGAUGACAUCAUCCAAGACAGCAAUGGAGUCAAUAUUUUUAAAAACGAAAGCUCGCACUGGGAAUGCAAAUUAUUUUUCACUUUCUUUCACUACAUUCUUGGUGCCAACUACAUGUGGAUCUUUGCUGAGGCUCUGUAUCUUCAUAUGAUCCUCUCCGUGGCUGUGUUCUCAGAGCGGGCUACAGUCAAACUCUACAUACUGCUGGGCUGGGCCUCUCCGGCAUUGUUUGUCGUGCCCUGGGUCAUAGUGAGGUCCACACUGGAAGACAUUUAUUGCUGGAACACUAACCCAACGCCAGGAUAUUUCUGGAUUAUGAGAGGCCCUAUAGUUUUAUCUAUAGUGGUCAACUUUAUAUUUUUCCUGAACAUUCUGCGCGUGCUGUUCACCAAACUAAAUGCGGUCAACUCCCCGGAAGCUAAGAAGUUCAGGUACAGGAAACUGGCCAAGUCCACGCUUGUCUUGAUACCUCUGUUUGGAGUCCACUAUAUCGUCUUUGCUGGUCUACCGAACAAUGUGAACCCAACAGCCGAACUGAUCCAGCUUUACUUUGAAAUGUUUUUCAAUUCAGUGCAGGGAUUUUUUGUCGCUGUGUUGUUUUGUUUCAUGAAUGGGGAGGUGCAAAGUGAAAUUAAAAAGAAGUGGCAGAGGUUCCGUAUCACGAGGCUCCAUCAUUUGCCUAAAGGCAGGAGCAGCAGCCAGAACGUGACGUACGCCACGUACCUCUCCAGACCCCGGGAGUCCAACGCCUCCAUGACGCAGAUUCCUGAUCACGCAGGAGAUGGUAGCUUCAAGGGAAGCAAUGCUGCCUUUUCCUGCAAAAAUGCGGCCAUAUCGAUGCGCCCCUUAAAAAGUGCAUUAGGAAGCGGAAACGGCAGAAGCACCAUAAUUGAAGCCGAGGAGCAAUCUCUGAUGUUUAAACAGACUGGCAGUUCCGAAGGUGAAGGUCACUUAAACGGGCUUACGUGAUGACAUGUUGACAUAUUUGUUUUUUUAUUCAUCGUUCUUUAGUGCUCUAGACUAGCACUGGUGUAAACAUUGAUUUUAAAUGGUGGUAUUGUUGAAGUCAAAACAUUGUUUACACAGUAAGUCCAACUGUUCAUUGGCAAUGCACCAAAGAGAGCAAAUCUUUCAUUGAAUGAGUGUUUCAUAUCAGUUCAGACUCAACUAUUGAAUGAAACACUACACAGCACAGAGAGUAAGUCUUCGACCAAUCAGUUCAGACUCAACUAUUGAAUGAAACACUACACAGCACAGAGAGUAAGUCUUCGACCAAUCAGUUCAGACUCGACAAUUGAAUGAAACACUACACAGCACAGAGAGUAAGUCUUCGACCAAUCAGUUCAGACUCAACACAUGGCACAUCCUCAUGAAAAGUUUGGGCUGGAAAGGCUUCAAAUUUGUUAUUCACAUAGAAUAGUCUGCGUGAGUGUAUAAUCAUCUACAAAGAGAAAGAAAACUUUGAACAUAAUUCCCUUGACUGUUGCCUUGAAAAUGUUUGGUAAGGAGAAAAAGAAUUUGAGCAAAAAAAACUCAGCCUUGUGUUAUUAACAAAAAUGAUUUUGUGGUGGCUGCGACUUGAUGGGGGCGAGUUCGAACCCUGCCUGCUGCCUAAAGGAAUUCUGAAACUUUUUGUGAAAGACUCAAUUAAUAAGAAAAACAGCACAUUUGUCCAUAAAUUUUCGGUUCAUAUGAAUGGAGUAUAUAGGUCAUGAAUUAUUGGAGUAUAUUGGUUAUGGAUAGGUGUACCAAAAGUAAAGCUUUGUAUUGCGUGACAGAUCUACAGUGUAGUUGGACUAGGGUAUUUAAACAUACUGUGUUCAGAUUGAGUAGUGCUUCUUGUAAUGGCGUCAAAGGAGGCUGCUCCAAUCCAUUUUGGAAAAAAAAUGCUUUCGAAAGCUAGAAAAGAUCCAUUCUGACAUUCUUUACAGCGCGACAACCCGAGGAGACUAAGUUUUAAAUGUCAGCGUUGAACCAUCAGGUUGUUACAAAACAGACACGACUGCCGUGUGUAAUAUCUGUCAUCUUUUUUUUUUUUUUUUCCUUUUUUAGUUGAAUACAAAACUGAAACGACACAUGUUUUCACUUUCAUUCAAAACAAUCGUGCAAAUCAGGAAGGUCCCUAAAAGAAAUGUUCCCACUGCCGUACCUGACAAUCUCUUGUAUUUAUUAGUUUACAAACUAUUAGGGCCCUGUGCUAACUCUAGCCAAAUGUUGACACGAUUUGGAACUGGAUGAACAGCCUGUAGUGAAUUUUAUAAAUGUCAUUGAUAUUUAGUUAUUGGCAUAAAUGUCAAGAAUGUUUACCAUGUCAUUACUAGAUAUAAAUGUCAACUGAAACAAACUAAUAAUGUGCAAUAGGAAAAAUGACAAAGCUGAUAAAGUUGCAAAAGUAUUUUUGGAGGACUGACAUUAUAUAUGUCUGUGUAUAUAUAUCUUUCUAUAUUUAUAUUGGUGUCUAUUUACAUAAUGAUCAAACAUUUAAAGAACAGACAUUACAAUGUUCAGGAAUAAAAAAAAAUCUUUUCCUGUCCGUAAAUUUUGUUUUUAAUAUAAAUCAAACUACAGACUACAUGCUAACAUUAAGACUAUAAAUAUAUUAUAUUUUAUAUAUAUAUAUAUGUGCGUGUGUUUCUUUAAUCACUAUUAUCACAUAGGCUAAUUAAACGGUAUCCAUUUAUUACAUACCAACACAUUAGGAAUACUGGAGAUUUAUAUUAGGACUAUUAGGUUGCAUGUAUAGUAGGGGUGUGCCGGUUGAGUGGUAAUGAGCUUCCUUACCGGUGGUCCCGGGCGCGAAACCUGUUGAAGACUGGGAUUUUUACUUUCGGGAUCUGUAGGGCACCUCUGAGUUCAAAGAGCUCUAAUGGGUACCUGACAUUAGUUGGGAAAAAGUAAAGACGGUUGGUCGUUUUGCUGGCCACAUGACACCCUCGUUGACCGUGCGACACAGAAACAGAUGACCUUUACAUCAUCUGCCCCAUAGAUCGCAAGGUCUGAAAGGGGAACUUUACUUUUUUCUUUAUUACAUGUAUAAGAAAAUAAUUUUCUCCACACACAAAAACAAGUUGAUUAAAUAUCGCGUAGUAUCCCAGUGUCUUAGGUUCCAAUCUAUCCCAAAUAUUCAUUAGAGGUUCAACAUAGUUCAAUGAAAUCCUUAUCCUUCUAAUGAUUUAUGACAAUUUGAUUUCAUGAAUACUUUGACAGAAAGGACGCUCGGGAGAGUUAUUCCAAUGUCAAAACAUAACAUGAAAAAAAAAACUGUCAAUAAUAUUUAUCAUUAUUCCAAGCUGUAAGGUGAUCAGAGAAGGGGAGAUAACCGUAGAUUAAAAUUAGAUUCAAUACUUCUAAAAUGGUGGCAGUUCGUGAUUUCAAUAAAAACAACAAAAAAAAAACAA